GUGUGUACGGGCUGCCCAGGUGUCCCGGUGAGAGCUCCCACAUCUGCGAUCUGAUCCGUAAAGCUCUGAACAGCGGGGCGUACUCCGACAUGAUCCAGAAACACCUGGUCCAGGCCCAGUACUGGCACGACCCGCUCAACGACGACCUGUACAAGAAGCACAGCCUGUUUCUGGCCGACAUCAACCAGGAGAGGGCUGUUAACGAGACGUACAAGAAGAACCUUCAGCGGCUGGAGAAGUUUGUCAUGGUCAAGUUCCUGCAGGACUCUGUGGUGGACCCGGUGGUUUCUGAGUGGUUCGGCUUCCUGAAGACCGGCCAGGCCAAAGAGACGGAGACGCUGCAGGAGAGUCUUCUCUACAAGGAGGUCAGAGCUGACCGGCUGGGCCUGGCAGCGAUGGACAAAGCUGGAAAGCUGGUUUUUCUGGCCUCUGAGGGCGACCACCUGCAGUUUACCAGAGAGUGGUUCGAUGCCAACCUGCUGCCUUUCUUACGCUAGAACACGUCUGCAUGGAUUAUUUCAACAUUGUACCUUUUCUUAGCUGCACUUGAUUUAAUGGAGGUUAUGGUAAAGUGGAGCAGAUGUGCAGACAGCACAUGAUUCCUUCCUUUUGCACUGAUCACUUCUUGUUCUGUGAUGCCGUAUUAAUAUGAUCAGGUUGUUAGCAUGUUAGCUUACUGCUGUACUACCACCACAGGUUGUUAGCAUGUUAGCUUACUGCUGUACUACCACCACAGGUUGUUAGCAUAUUAGCUUACUGCUGUACUACCACCACUGGGCUGUUCAUGUCAUUUUAAAUGUCACCUGCUCUGACCAGGUCAAACUGUUGGCACAAAUAUAGUUUUUUUUAAAGGUUUUAGAAUAAGAAAAGGCUUCUUCAGUUCUUCAGUGAACUGAAGAGGCCUUUUGGAUGAGAGGUGAAACGUCUUCAAGGAACUUUCUUAAAGUCCAGUGGAUUGAUUUAAACUACUUUGGAUAACCAUGACCUAGAUGAAUGAGAACCUACACAGAAACCUAAAAUAAAUAAUUUUACUGUAAAAUGAUGCUGCUGUACAUAUUAUGCAUUUCUCCCAAUAAAGACGCCAAGAAAAAGG